AAAUAGUGUGUGUUUGCAUUUGUUCCUUAACCAAAACCAUCCAUGGGGCGAUUCCUUGUACUGUCUUUGCACUUGUUCCUCUUCCUUCUUGCAUCCUUCCAUUCCCAUUCCUAUUCCUUAGCUCAUUCCCACGAUACCUUUACCUUGCUUCAAUUCAACAACUCCUUCACUGUUAAUUUCACUCAUUAUUAUUAUCCUGAUUUAUCAUUUGAUUGCCCACGUCCAUAUCCGAGGACAAAUACAUGGAAAAAUGGGACAGACUGCUGCUCAUGGCUUGGGGUCACGUGCCAUCCCACGUCGGGUCACGUGAUCGCACUCGAUCUCACCUGCAGUGGGCUUUCUGGUAAAAUCGAAGCAAACAGUAGCCUUUUCCGUCUCUCUCAUCUCCAAUCACUCAAUCUCGCUUUCAAUAAUCUCUCUCAAUCUCCAUUGUCGUCUCUCUUUGGAGGGCUUACGAGUAUGAGUAUCACACAUCUCAACUUGUCUGGCUCUCUCAUUGAAGGUGAAAUUCCUAUCCAAAUCUCACACCUUUCAAAAUUAUCCUCACUUGAUCUCUCUUUCAAUUAUGAUUUAAGAUGGAAAGAAAGGAGUUGGAAGAGGCUGCUCCAGAACGCAACACUUUUAAGGGACCUUGUUUUGGAUCGUACAGAUAUGUCUUCAACUUCAAUCAAACCAAUCAAUCUCGCUUCAUCUCUCCGUAUCUUGCAUCUUUCACGAUGUCAGUUCCAAGGAUCAAUUCCUCCCUCUUUCUCUAACCUCACCCGUCUCACUUCCUUGGAUCUCUCACGGAACGAACUCAAUGGUUCAAUCCCAUCCUCUUUCUCUAACCUCACCCGUCUCACUUCCUUGGAUCUCUCAUGGAACAACCUCAAUGGUUCAAUCCCAUCCUCUUUCUCUAACCUCACCCGUCUCACUUCCUUGGAUCUCUCAGGAAACAACAUUGGUUCAAUCCCAUCCUCUUUCUCGAACCUCACCCGUCUCACUUCCUUGGAUCUCUCAUGGAACAACCUCAAUGGUUCAAUCCCAUCCUCUUUCUCUAACCUCACCCGUCUCACUUCCUUGUAUCUCUCAUCCAACAAACUCAGUUCAAUCCCAUCCUCUUUCUCGAACCUCACCCGUCUCACUUCCUUGUAUCUCUCAGGAAACAACAUUGGUUCAAUCCCAUCCUCUUUCUCUAACCUCACCCGUCUCACUUCCUUGGAUCUCUCAUGGAACAACCUCAGUUCAAUCCCAGAUAUGUUUGGUGGGCUAAUCAAUUUGGAAGCCGUCCGUCUCAAUGACAACAAAUUAGGAGGACAAAUCCCAUCUUCAUUGUUUGACUUAACUCAUCUUUCUCUUUUGGAUUGUUCUUAUAAUCAAUUAGAGGGCCCUCUGCUUACCAAAAUAACUGGCCUUUCUAACCUAACUUAUUUAAGCUUAAAUAACAACUUACUAAACGAGACAAUUCCCUCUUGGUGUUUGUCUUUGCCAUCUUUGGUGCAGUUAGAUCUAUCCACUAAUCACUUCACAGGACAUAUAAGUGCAAUCUCAUCGUAUUCCUUAGAGUAUCUAGAUUUGUCCAGCAACAAGCUGCAUGGAAAUAUUCCACAGUCAAUUUUCAGUCUUGCAAACCUUACUCACUUAGAUUUGUCAUUUAACAACUUGAGUGGUCUUGUCUACUUUCCACUCUUCUCCAAGCUUCAAAAUCUGAAAACUAUUUCCCUUUCUCAAAAUACUCAAUUGUCAUUAAACUUCGAAUCAAAUGUAAAUUACAGUUUCCCUAUCCUAAGUGCAGUGAAGUUAUCUUCUUUAGGUUUAACUGAAUUUCCUAAACUCCGAAGAAAAUUGUCGACUUUGGGGCUUCUCGAUUUAUCAAACAAUAAACUUAAUGGAAGAGUGCCCAACUAUUUAUGUGAAAUGGAUUCAUUACGAAAUUUGAACCUCUCUCACAACUUUUUGACAUCCACGUGCCAAUUCUUAGAGAAUCAAGAGCUCCAACACCUUGAUCUCAGUUUCAACUUGCUGGCUGAUGACAUUUCUUUGUCAAAAUGCAAUGCAAGGGAACUUGCUAUUCUCAACUUGUCCCACAACAAGUUGACUGGCAUCAUUCCGCAGUGUCUCGCAAACUUAUCAUCACUUGCAGUUUUGGAUCUACAGGAGAACAAACUUUACGGCACUUUGCCAAGUGCCUUCUCAAACUCCAUCACUUUGCUGAAUCUCAAUGGCAACAAGAUAGAAGGUUUUUUACCUAAAUCGUUGUCCAAUUGCACAGGAUUGGAGGUUCUAGAUCUUGGCAACAACCAAAUCAUGGAUACAUUUCCCCAUUGGCUUGAAGCUAUGCCAUAUUUGAGAGUACUAGUCUUGCGAGCAAACAAGUUGCACGGUCCCAUUUCCAAUUUAAAGGCUAAGCAUCUGUUUCCAAGUUUAAAAGUUUUUGAUAUCUCACACAACAACUUCGUAGGUCCAAUUCCAAAAUCCUACAUGCAAAAAUUUAAAGCUAUGAAGAAUGUAGUUCAAGAUGAAGCGGAUAGCAAUCCGCGAUACAUUGAAAUACCACUUAGCAUCAGUUACAUUAAUCGGGGUGAAAUUAUAAGCUUCGACGAUAUUUUUUUCUAUUAUUCUAUGACUAUAACAAUAAAAGGUGUCAGCGUUGCACUCGUAAAAGUUCCCAAAAUCUUUGUAAAUAUUGAUUUGUCAAGAAAUAAAUUCGAAGGGGAAAUUCCAAGAGUUAUUGGAGAGCUCCAUGCACUCAAAGGGCUCAACCUUUCUCAUAACAGACUCAUUGGCCCUAUUCCUCAAUCCAUGGGAAAUUUGACAAACUUGGAAUCAUUGGAUCUCUCCUCAAAUAUGUUGAAUGGUGAAAUUCCUACAGAACUAUCCAAUCUGAACUUUCUUGAAGUCUUGAAUCUUUCUCAAAAUCGUCUUGUGGGAGAAAUACCUAAAGGAAAACAGUUCAAUACAUUUUCAAAUGAUUCAUAUGUAGGAAAUUUGGGGUUAUGUGGAUUUCCAAUGUCAAUAGACUGCAACAACGACCCCAAACAUGGUCCUUCACCUUCACCAGCCUUCUGGAAUGAACAGAAAUUUGGAUUUGGUUGGAAACCAGUGGCCAUAGGAUAUGGAUGUGGAAUGGUAUUUGGGAUAGCCUUGGGAUGUUGUCUAUUGUCAAUAGGAAAACCUCAAUGGCUCGUGAGAAUGGUUGGAGAUUUGCCUAAUAAAAGAGCAAAAAGGAGGACGAGGAUGACGACUCAUGAAAGAAUGCAUUAAUCUGGAUGUCAUGAUUAAGCAUGUCUUAUAAUAUUGUAUUUUCUUUCAUUUUAGCUCUACUUUUCUUAAAAAAUAAAUCCAUGAGUGAACAUCUCCUUCUAACUCUUAUGUAUCUAUUCAGCUUUACAUGAUGCAUCGCAAGUUUUCUAGUUUUAUUUGGAAGUGGUGGUUCUUAGUUGUUUCACAAAUUAUUAUCAUUACAUAAUCGAGUUC